AUGGAGUUCGCGCGGCUCGGCGCGCCGCUCGUGCGGCAGCUCGACGACGUCGGGCGCGCCUGCGUCGCCGAGGUCGAGGAGGCCUGCCCGGGCCACCGGUGCUACGUCUGCGGCGACGCGGCGGGCGGCGUCGUGCGCGCCUGCGGCUGCGCCAAGGGCCGGGACGCCCACCUCGCCUGCCUCGCGCGCGUCGCGUCCCGCGAGUCCGAGGCGAACGGCUCCUACCCGCGCUGGGACCGCUGCGCCGUCUGCGGCGACGCCUUCGCGGAGCCCGCGGUGCGCCUCGGCGUCGCGCGGGAGGCGUGGGCCGCCGCGGAGCGCGCGCCGGACGACGACUGGCGGCGCGUCGCGGCGCUGGCCGGCCUCGCCGACGCCCUCGGCGACCUCGGGCUCGACGCCGAGUCCGCCGCCGUGCGCCGCGUCGAGGUCGGGCUCCGGCGGCGCCACUUUUCGCACGAGGUCGACCGCGAGCUCGGCGCCAAGGCCAAACUCGCGGCGGCCUGCGCGCGCCUCGGCCGGUGCGACGAGGCGUUGGCCCUGCGGCGCAAGGUCGCCGCGGGCUACGCGGCGCUCCUCGGCGAGGACGACCGCGCCGCGCUCGACGCCGUCGUCGCUUUAGCGGAGAGCCUCGGCGACCGCGACCGCGUCCGCGAGGAGCGCGGCGUGCUCCGCGACGCGCUCCCCCGGGCGCGGCGCGCGCUCGGCGCCGCGCACGCGACGACCGUCGCCGUCGUCAAGGCGCUGGCCGUGAGCCUGCUCUACGGCGACGACGACGACGGCGCCGCGGAGCGGGCGCGCGACGCCGCGGAGGCCAAGGCGCUCGUCGAGGCGGCCCUCGUCGCCGUGCGCCGCGCCCACGGCGAGGGCCACGCGCUCGUCGACGCGCUCAACGCCCACCUCCACCACGCGAACCGCGCCCUCGGGCCCGUGAAGACGCCGAAGGGCUACGACCCGCCGCCCGAGACGCCCGUGAACACGCCCGUGCCCUGGGUCCCGCCCCGCUAG